AAAGCAUUCAAUACAUAUUCCAAAUACAAACCUAAACUCUCAAAAUAUAUGAUCACAAUCAUUGUUUUUACAUAAAACUUGUAUUAAUUUUUGAUGAUUUUAAAGUGUGUGAAUGCGUGUGUGAAUAUCAUCUUCAAUAUUAGCGACUAUCAGCAUCAUUCACAAUUAAAACAGUCAUAGAAGUUUAAAAAGCUUUCAAGCGCGCAUUCGAAUAUUGAAUUUCAUUGGAAUUUUUCAUUAGAUUUCUUUUGUAAGUGUUAGUGGCGAAGAGCGUAAAUUGAAGUUAAUUUAUUAAGCGAUAGGAGUUGUUCUGGUAAAAAUUUAAGAUCUGAAAAGUUCAAAAUGGUGUUUGGAUUCAGAACUUGUGGUCCAAAUGAAGCUCUCGUUGUUUCGGGAUGCUGCUAUGGCAAGCCCUUGUUAGUUACCGGAGGUCGAGCUUUUGUUUGGCCUGUUGUUCAACAAGUUCAGAGAAUCUCAUUGAACACAAUGACACUUCAGGUAGAAUCGAAAACCGUGUACACAAGUCAAGGUGUUCCAUUAUCAGUAACAGGUGUCGCUCAAAUAAAAAUUCCUGGACAAAACAAGGAAAUGUUGGAGACCGCUUGUGAGCAAUUUUUGGGAAAACCUGACAAGGAAAUUGAAAAUAUUGCAUUGGUGACUUUGGAGGGACAUCAACGAGCAAUUAUGGGAUCGAUGACCGUUGAAGAAAUUUAUAAAGAUCGCAAGAAGUUCUCCCAGCAGGUCUUCUCAGUUGCUUCAUCCGACUUGGUCAACAUGGGAAUCUCUGUUGUGUCGUACACAAUAAAAGAUAUUCGUGAUGAAGAAGGAUAUCUCAAAGCCUUGGGUAUGGCACGAACAGCUGAAGUAAAACGAGAUGCACGCAUUGGUGAAGCUGAAGCACGAGCUGAUGCCGAAAUCAAGAAAGCCAAAGCUGAAGAACAGCGAAUGGCUGCAAGACUUGCAAACGACAUUGAAAUUGCAAAGUCAAAACGAGACUUCGAACUUAAGAAAGCUGCUUAUGAUGUCGAAGUUCAAACGAAGAAUGCAGAAGCCGAAAUGGCCUACGAAUUGCAAGCUGCAAAGACAAAGCAACGCAUCAAGGAAGAACAAAUGCAAAUCAAAGUCGUUGAACGUACACAAGAAAUUCAAGUUCAAGAACAAGAACAAGUUCGUCGCGAAAGAGUUUUAGAAGCGAACGUACGUCGACCAGCAGAAGCAGAAAAAUAUCGUCUCGAAAAAUUAGCAGAAGCCAAUAAGAUGAAAGUUAUUUUGGAAGCUGAAGCAGAAAGUGAAUCAAUCAAGAUUCGUGGUGAAGCCGAAUCAUUUGCCAUUGAAGCUAAAGCUAAGGCUGAAGCUGAACAAAUGCAAAAAAAAGCAGAAGCUUAUAAGGAAUACGAAGAAGCAGCCAUGAUUGAGAUGCUUCUUGAGACGUUACCAAAGAUCGCAGCUGAAGUCGCCGCUCCACUGACACAAACCAAGAAGAUCACAAUGGUGUCAUCAGGCACUGGUGAGAUUGGCGCUGCCAAAUUGGCGGGUGAAGUUCUUUCAAUCGUUGGAUGCGUUCCUGAACUUGUCAAACAAUUGACAAACAUUGACAUUUCUAAGUCUAUCAAAGUCCGAUAGAAAAUGUGACCAUCAGUUAAAUGUGCAAUGAUGUGCCGAAACAUUAAAGACCGAGAAUGCCUUUAUAUCAGCCUUUAGAUUACAAUUUGUCAGAUACUUGCAAUAAUCAGGUGAAUGGAAAUAUUAAAAUUUAUUACUUAUUAGGAUAUUUGUUUUGGAAAAGAGAAUCUAUCAGUCUUCCUUAACUUACAAAACAACAUAAAUUAAAAGAUGUAAAUUUAUUUUUUGAGAAAAUAAAGAUGAAUAAAAGUAAUCUCAGGAUA